AGCCGGAUCAGGAGUACCCAGGAUUAGUGGUAAUACAUGGGAAUUCUUCUAUAUAAAAUAAAAGUUUGAAUACUACAAGGUUUGCGCAUUGGAAGUUACGGAUUUCUGGAAUUCUUCGAAAUUGGUACCGAAGAUAUAUAUGUGGAUACAAGGAGUUGGAUCUACUAGGUCAUUUAUGGGCGAUAGUGUGUAGUGUACAGUGUAUACAGUGGAUAGUGAAAGUUUGGGAUUUAAGGUCAGACAAAAUAUUUUUUAUUGUUUGUUGCAUUUUUUACUGACAUUUUUUAAUUAGUGGAUUAUUUGUUGAUAUUGGUUUCUUUGAUUAACUUAGUUGCAUAAUUUCGUUGGGUUACGUCAUCAUUAUUUUUAAUUUUUAUUAAAAUAAAAAUGGAAAGGUUAAAUAGACAAAGGGCUGUCUUUAAAGGCACAAUUACUAGGGUGGAAACCUUUAUAAAUAGAAGUAUUGCUGACAACAAUAUAGAUGUUUGUGAAUUUGAAGUAAGGCAGAAUAUGUUAAAUGAGGCUUAUGUAGGUUAUUCGGAAGUUCAAGGGAAAAUAGAAGACGAGGAUGAUUCUGAAGUCACAUUAAAUGAUAGAGCUGACGUAGAAACCAGGUACCUAAAUUUAAGUGCAUUAAUUAAAAGGUGUUUAAAGAAAAACAUUGAAACAAAUUCUAAUUUGAGUUCUAGUUCUUUAGGGUCAUUACAGUCUCAAUAUAACAAUAUUAAAGUUCCAGAAAUAUCUAUUCCAGUUUUUAGUGGAAAAUUUUCAGAUUGGAGUAGUUUUUAUGAUUUAUUUAAUGCACUGAUUGUCGAGAACACACAGUUCUCUGAUAUUCAAAGGUUUAUUUAUUUAAAAUCAUCCUUAAAGGGUGAACCUUUAAAAUUGGUCGAAAAUUUACCUUUAACUAACGACAAUUUUAAGAUUGCUCUAAACAUUUUAAAAACUAGGUAUGAGAAUAAAUUGUUUGUUGUUAAUGCACAUAUUAAGGCACUGGUGGAAAUUCCGUCUAUAAAUAGAUGUACGGGUCCUAAUUUACGUGAAUUCAUUACAACAGUAAAACAACAUGCGGAAUCGUUAAAAAAUUUGAGUGUCCCAAUUGAGAGCUGGGACCUAAUUUUAAUUUAUUUACUAAUGCAAAGAUUAGAUUUUCAAACUAAACAAGCAUUUGAAUUUGAUAGAGGAAGUAGUGCAUUACCUACAUUAAAGGCAUUUUUGGAUUUUCUGGAAAAACGAUGUAUUGCAUUGGAAAAUUUAGGGGUCCCGGAAGGUAAAGGAAAGUUCAUCAAUUUAAACACAACUAGCACGGAUUAUAAGGGAGUGCACACAGGUCUAAAAUGUAACAGCUCUAACGGUGACGGUCAACGUGGCAUUAAUGGAAACAAUAGGGAUAUUCCUGCCUCUCAGGAGAACACCAUCGCAGUAAUUGAUCAUAAUGAAAUAGUAGGAGAAAAGGCGUCUUUAAGUAAUUCCAUUCAAUUAUCUGCAAUUGCAAAAGGUAGAUCUAACUAUGUUAUGUUAGCUACGACACAGGUGUGUCUUUUGGAUAGAAACGGGAGGUCUGUUAUAGCGACAGCUUUAUUGGACAGUGGUGCACAAUGCUCGUUAAUAACAACAAAAUUAGCGGAAAGGUUACUGUAUCCAACCUAUAAACGCACUGUUCAAAUUUCGGGAAUAUCAGGCAAAGGGGCGGUGUGUAACGAAAUGAUUGACAUUACACUAUCUUUAAAAAAUUGUAAGGAUAUUAAUAAUAAGGAAAUUCAUGUAUCUUGUUCAGUUUUAGAUAGAUUUAUCAUGCAAAAAUUUAUCGGCUUCACUUUCAUGUGUUGCGAACACCAGACCGUCAUCUACGUACAAGAUUACAAAUAG